CAGCUUACAUAAACAAUGCGUACUCGGGCGCUGCUGGCCACUUGGCCUGCGUACUUGUUCUCUUCUUCUGCCCGCACAAUUGAUGACCCAACAUGGACGUGGAAACAUACGGACGCAAUAGACAAUCCAUCGCAGAUCUGGAGCAGGAGCUCUAUAAUAUAUUCGAAGACCACCCCCGCGCGCACAUCAACGAAGCUGGCGACCCCGUCAUCCCUGCAGACGCACUUGUCGAUGUCCUUCAGGAGGACCAGCUCACCCAACUUAUCGACAGCAACCCAGGACUCGCCGUUACGCCACAGGUUCUCCUGCAGUUCAUCGCAAUGCGCACCAACCACAGCCCCGAAGACUCUCCUCCCCAUGAGGACUUUGAUUCCAGAGCGCGGGCGCUCAGAGGACCUCUGGAUUCGAACGGUACGUCUGUGUGGAGGUCGUCUUCGCGGCCUUCUUCGCGGCCACCGUCGCGUGGUUCAGCCGCGCCCAAUACUCCAACCUCACGCGACUCGCCUUUCGAUGCGUCACGUAGGCAGCGGUCAACGCCGCUCACAAAUUGGACGCGCCGACCUCCUCCGUCGAGGCGACGAAGUGAUGCUAGCCAACAUGGCAGAUCAAGCAGUGACUCCGAGCUCAUACCUUGUGCACACAGUCUGCCGCCCCACCCAGUUCAUUCGCACGCACGCCGGGGCGAUCCCGCGCACCAUCCAACCCGAUAUCGCCUAGCUCCUCUGUGGGCUCCCCUCCAUUGCUGGCCCCAUCUCUCGACCACACUCCGCGCCCAGUCGCAGCCGCAGUCGCAUUUUGCCUCGAUGGACCAGGCGUUCGGCGACUACACCUCACCAGAGCGCGAGAGCGACUACCGAGGGCAGCCACAGUCUUCUUCCGGGCUCAUGUCUCCCCCUCCUUCCGACCUGUCCGACUCGUUCGACGAGGACCAGUUUGCGCAUACGAUCAACUCGCUGCAGAUGCCGCGAACAUCUAGUGCGGAUUCGGACUCGGAUGACGACGACUCGUCCGCUCUAGGCCUGAUCAUGGACCGCUCUGCGGCGUCGUCGACGAUCUCGCUCGACCUGGAACAGCGCUUGGAGGCGCUGCAGCGGGUGAACACCGAGCUAGCGCGGAAACUGGUCGACGCGGAGAGAACGCUGCAGUCCAAGCUUGCAGAGCACGAGGGCGAGCUGGAGGAGAUGCAGAGCCGGCUCGAGGAGGUGAGGAGCGAGCUGAGCGCGACGAAGCGGGAAGAAAAGGAACUACGGUCGAAGGAGCGCACGAACCAGACGCAGAUCUCGGCGCUCGAGUCAGAGAUCGCGAAGCUGCAGAAGAGCCUGGAGACGGCGCGCGCGUCGUAUCAGAGCCUGCAGAAACAGUACCAGGAGCAGUGCGCGGAGUCGGAGCGGUACCGCAACACGCUGCGGCGGCGCGACGGGGAGAUCAAGGAGCUCAAGGAGGGGUCGAGCCUGCAGCAGAUCGAGGCAGUCAAGUGGUUGCGCGAGCAGGCGAACUAUGAGGAGCGGAUCGCGUUUCUGGAGAGCGAUAUCGCGGUUGCACAACAGGCUCAGGUGCAGCUCGAGGACCAGAAGCAGGAGAACAUGAUGCUCAAGGAGACGAUCGACCGCAUGCGCUUCGACAUGGACGAGAUGCGAAGCAGCGCGUCCAGCGUCUCGAACCAGGGCGGCUCGGGCACUGCGAGCGCGCGCGGCAGCGUGAGUCGCAGCUUGGGCGCGGAACUGCUGAGCAGGAUGCAGGAGGGCAAGUGGGAGAUGGAGAAUCCAAACGAGCAGUCAGACGACGAGGCGAGCGAGACGGUCGUCAGUCCCAGCGCAGAGGACAACGAUACGGAAGACGAAGACGUGGUGGAGACUAUUAUCACGCGCACCAAGCGGGUAGGUGCUGAAUUGUAGAAAGUCGCUAGUCGCGCCAAGCGACUGGAGAGCAUCACGGUCGACGAGGUCAAAGAAUACUCGGACACCGGCGUUCAGCACGAAAUGUCUGAGUUCACGGCCUCGCAUGACGUGCAGACAGACCCCGAGCCCAAGAUCAUCACCGCCUCCUUCAGUGUACAGACUGAAGAACGAUCUCUCGCCUCCAUG